GCUGCCUGCGUGGUCCCCCCCGUCUGAGCCCCCCACACCAUGGCCAUAGUGCAGACCCGGCCCGUCUCCAUCGGGCCUGCUUCUGAGGCGGCCACCCAGCUCCGUGCCGGCGCCCGCUCGCCCACCUCUGCCUGCGGCGCCAUGGGGAGCGUUAGCAGCCUCAUCUCCGGCCGCCCCUGCCACGAGCGGCCGUGCAAGGCCGCGCCCGGCCCCUUCCGCCAGCAGGACGGGCUGCUCCAGGGGCUGCCCCCCGCCAAGCCCUGCUCUGGCCCGGUGCCCGGGGGCGGUGCCUACACCAGCGAGGACUUCUGGGCCAAGGCUGUGUCCCCCGUCAGCCCCUGCAGUGACGCCGAGGAGCCGCGGGACGAUCGGGCUCGGAGCGGCAACAUCCAGGGGCCGCCCCCGAGACUGGUCCCCGUCUCCGGGCAGCUGGAGAAGAACGUCGAGAAGACCCUGAUCCGUCCGACGGCUUUCAAGCCGGUCGUGCCCAAGGGCAGGAACUCUUCGCUACCGGGGUACGUGGUGCCGCGGCCCGGGGCGUCGGUGGUCCCUGAGAGCCAGGCCAGCCUCGCCCACCUCCUGGGCGGCACUGGCGCGGCCAGCGCCGAGAAGCACCACUCCCUGAGCUGCCGCCACAGCGCCCACUCGGGCACCCUGUCGGACUCGGGGCGCAAUUCCCUCUCCAGCCUGCCCACCUACAGCACGGGCUGCAGCCAGCCGCCGGAGCCGGCCAGCAUCUCCAUGGGCCACCUUAGCCUGGACAGUCACGGCGGCUACCCGGAGCGGGGCUCCCGGGGCCUGGCCGGCCCCUCCAACUCGGACAGCGGGCGCUCCUCCUCCAGCAAGAGCACGGGCUCCCUCAGCGGGCGGGGCCCCCCCUCCUCCGACGGCGGCUCCUGCGCCCGCUCGCCCGUCGAGGGUGACGAGGCUCUGCUUGUCCGCGAGCUGGAGGAGAAGCUGCGGGAGCGGGAGGCGGAGCUGCAGCACCUGCGCCAGAGCCUGGACGAGAACGAGGUGGCCAUCUGCCAGGUGUACGAGGAGAAGCAGAAGCGCUGUGAGCAGGAGAUGGAGGAGCUGCGCCAGGGCUACGCCUCCCAGGUCAAGCAGGCGGCCCAGAAGGCCCAGCGCACGCAGCAGGUGCUGCAGCUGCAGAUCUUCCAGCUGCAGCAGGAGAAGAAGAAGCUGCAGGAGGACUUUGCCCAGCUGCUGCAGGAGCGCGAGCAGCUGGAGAAGAGGUGCGCCUCCUUCGAGCGCGAGCAGACCGAGCUGGGGCCGCGGCUGGAGGAGACCAAGUGGGAGGUGUGCCAGAAGUUGGGCGAGAUCUCCCUGCUGAAGCAGCAGCUGAAGGAGUCGCAGGCGGAGCUGGCGCAGCGGGGCACCGAGAUGCUGCUGCUGCGGGCCCAGCUGCGGGAGGCGCGGGCGGAGCGGCAGGCGGGCGAGGAGCAGGCGCUGGGGCUGCAGGAGGCGGCACGCACCCGGGCGCUGGAGCUGGAGGUGUGCGAGAAAGAGCUGCAGCGCCGGAAGGGCGAGGUCGAGCUGCUGCGGGAGAAGCUGGGCCGGCUGGAGCAGGAGGUGGCGGGGCUGCGGGGGGCGCGGCGCCAGCCCCGCUGCCCGGAGCCGCCCGAGCCCAGCCUGCUGUGGGCCAGCGACGAGGCCAAGGCCCAGCGGCAGGCGGCCGAGACGCUGCAGGGCCUGCGAGCCGAGCUGCUCCAGGAGCGCCGGCGUGGCCAGGAGCAGCGGGCCGCCUUCGAGGCCGAGAGGCUCACCUGGCAGGGUGAGAAGGACCAGGUGAUCGGCUAUCAGAAACAGCUGCAGCACAACUACAUCCAGAUGUACCGGCGCAACCGGGAGCUGGAGCACCACCUGCACCAGCUGAGCCUGGAGCUGCAGGCCCAGCGGCUGGACGAGUGUGGCCUGCACGGGGCCGAGAUCUGCUUCGAAGAGAUCACCGCCACCGAGAUCUGAGCCGGGCUGUGCUGGCUGCCCCGUGAGCUAGAGGGGGGUUAGCCGGCUGCUUGGGGGGCAGCUGGCAAAGGGGCCCAUGGCUGGUUCAUGGGGGGGAGGGGGAGCUGGGCCUCUGGAUGCUGGGAAGAGCCGAUUAACAGCUGAUCCCUUUAGCGCUUGGGAGGGAAUUAGCAGCACCUGCUUGUAGCCGGCUGGGGGGUGGCAGGAUCAUUUCUCUGCCGUAUGGGCCCUGUCACCCCGCCCGCCGCGCCCCAGAGCCUCCAUUGAGCUGGGAGGAGGUAGCAGGGCUGUGUGGUGGUCUGCAUGGGGUGAGGCCCCCUCCUGUGCCGGGGAGAACGGGUCCCUCCGUGGCUGCCAGGUGGGCUGGCGUGAGCGCCAGGCUCGACACGCUGCGGGGCUGUGCCACCGCCUGCCAGCCUGCUGUGAGGUGGGGGCUCCCCCAGGGCUGGUCUGCGGUGCCAGCUGUGAGAGCAGCGCCAUGCCCCGAGCAUGUCCCCAGGCUGCCCCCCCCAGGGGGGGCUUGCAGUCCGGGGCUUUGCCCAAUCAGUGCAGGGUCCAGCCCAGGGCUUGGGAUCUCCACGCCCCUCUUGGAAAUCGGCUUCUUCCUCCUUUUGUGGGCCUGCUCCUCGCAGAGGCUGUAUCGGCGGGCAGGGCACAGGGCAAACACCGAGUGGGGGAUGCGCCUUGCGGCUGGACUCACCAGGCAGGAGCUAGCGGGCUGCGAGCAGGGCUGCUCUGCCCUCGGUGUUUAGCCCCCGUGCCUGGCAUCCCCUGCCCGCGGCCCAUCUGGUUCAGUGGUCCCUGCGCCCAGCCCUCUGCCCGGAGGGAUCCUGCCCGGCCAGGCUGCCCCUCUGCGUUCCGAACACCCGGCUUUGCAGGGUUGCGUUUCUGGGCCAUGCAAAUGUACUCUAUUUUUGUAGGCCCUACAGAAAGGGGUCUGGGCUCCCCGGGUUCAGUAGCAGUUCAUUAGCCGGCGUGAUUCCGCUUCCCAUCCCUUGGCCAGGAGGUCUGCGCACACCCCUGCCCUUCGCCUCCUGUUCCCGUGUGCUGAGCUCUGCCCCUGCCCCUCCAUUGCCAGGGGCCUGCGGCACGGUUUUGCUAGCCAGCCCCAGCCUGGCUUUGCCUUUUGCUUCGGGCCCAGCAGCUGCCUCUGCCCGGCACAUCCCGUCUCU